CAAGAUUAUGAGCAAGCUGCUAAAUAUUACGCUAAAGCAGCAGGUCACGGUAGUGCAGCCGGGAUGUACAAUUUAGCUCGAUUGACCGAUCUUGGUUUGGGCGUUAAAAAGGAUCAUGAUAUGGCUCUUAAAUUGUUUGAACAGGCCGCUACACAAUCAACAGAACAUCCUAAAUUUAAAGAUCGCCCGAACGUUGGCGUAGCUGAAGCCGAAAAUGCUCUAGGUCUUCGUUAUUCUGAAGGUGUUGGAGUUCAUAAGAACCCAGCACAUGGUGUUCGUUGGUAUCAUCGUGCUGUCGAACAUGGUAAUGCUGAGGCAGCAAACAGUCUGGCAUUAAUGUACCAAGUUGGUAAGGGUGUUGAAAAGAAUCUUGAAAAAGCCGAACAACUGUUCACAUUUUCGGCUAGAAGAGGUGAUCCAAAUGCUAUGAGAAAUUUCGCUGAAAUACUACUCGAUAAAAACGACUUCGAAAUGGCACAAACAUGGUUUAAUCGAGCAUGCGAAUCUGGUAGCGUUCUUGCUCAAAUAAAACGUGCUGAUUUUGAGACGACUUUAAGAGAGAAAAAACAACUCAUGGCUAGUUGUCCAUCCAAUGUUGUACCAAUGCUCAAUGCAGUAAAAAAUGCAUGGAAUUCCUUAAAAACAUCAAAAUCCAUUUGUGAACUGUCUAAAGGACGAUCCAAAUAUGAUUUCAAUGUUCUAAGCAAAUAUGCGAAUCAAGGUUCAAUAACGGCUAAAAGAUUAUGCAACGCACUAGAACAUUUCUUUAUAGCUUUGACAAUACUAAUCGAGUCUGACACGUUGACAGAACAACAAGAAGAUACAUUAGUGCAUGAACUUGCAGAAUGCUAUCGUCUGGAAGAUAUUGUCGCACAAUUUUCUGACUCAGAGAUGCGUGAAAAAGUUGGGAAAAUCGUUGAUGAAGUACUUCGUCGAUGUAGAGAAAUGCCAGAUUAUCCUGCAUCACAACUUGAUGAAGAUGCUCGAGUAACAAUUAUUGAAGAUGCGUACUCGUGGGUUUCAUGUAUUCACCUUGUCAUUGAAGAUGAACAUCGUGAUUGUGAACGAAUGUUCAUUUAUAAUUUUCGUGAUGGACAAGGCGAACAUCAUACCAAGAAAGUGUAUACAAUCGGUAGCAAAAUGCAUAUUAUAAAUCCAUACCUACGAAUAGGUGGAAAUGAUAUGAAGUCUUAUAUUCGUAUUGACGAUUUCUUAUCGAUUAUCAUGCAAGAUGAAUCUGAGAGAGUGGUUAAUAUGUGUCGUUGUUGUGGCGAACCAAAUGCACGACAUGUUUGUAGUAGAUGUGAUAAAGCACGUUACUGUUCCAAAGAAUGCCAAACAAUGGAUUGGAAAACUUAUAAUCAUAAACUUAUUUGUAAAAAACAAUGA